AUGGGCCGUGUCGUGGACCGAGAGGACAACAUGUGGACCGACACAGUACUACCUGUAACAGUAUUUGAGCUGCUGGAGCUAGGCCAUAGUCAGACUGUACCUAGAUGGGCCCGUUCCGGGCUGACCCGGCGGCCCAUUUGGCCUCUCUGGUCGCAGCGAAAACCCAACCGGAAGCGGCAGCGGCGCGGCCGGAACACAACAAAACUCACCCACCUCGCCGCGCCGCUGCUCGGCGCCCCCGCGCGUCACCCUCCACUUCACCGCCCGCCACCAUUUAAAACCUCCCCUCUCCGCUGCCGCCGCCGCUUACCCACCCCAAUGCUCUACUCCUCCUCCACCACGCCCCUCCCGCCCGCCUCGCCCCUCCUCCGCCCCGCCUCCGCUAACCCUAACCCGGGCCGCCUCGUCCUCCCCGUCGCCGCGCCGUCCGCGGCCGCGCGCGCGCGCGUCGGGCUCCCGAGGCGCCCGCUGAUGGGGUCGGUCAGGGCUUCGUCCGCCGCUGGGGCGGGCGGCGCGGUGGGGCAGGAGGGGGAGGUGGCGACGGAGCGGCUGGUGGAGGUGGCGCAGAGGGCGGCGGACGCGGCGGGGGAGGUGCUCAGGAAGUACUUCCGCCAGCGUGUCGAGAUCAUCGACAAGGAGGACCACAGUCCUGUUACGAUUGCAGAUAGAGAAGCGGAAGAAGCAAUGGUGUCAAUUAUACUAAAGAGCUUCCCCACUCAUGCCAUUUUUGGUGAGGAGAAUGGUUGGAGGUGUGUGGAGAAUUCUGCUGAUUAUGUUUGGGUUUUGGACCCAAUAGACGGAACAAAAAGUUUCAUAACUGGCAAGCCUCUUUUUGGUACGCUUGUAGCACUUCUGCACAACGGGAAGCCGGUUAUAGGUGUUAUUGACCAGCCAAUUUUGAGAGAAAGAUGGCUUGGGGUGGAUGGGAAACAGACAACUUUGAACGGACAGGAAAUAUCUGUUCGCUCUUGCAAUUUACUGUCACAAGCUUACUUGUAUACAACAAGCCCGCAUCUCUUUGAAGGAGAUGCUGAGGAUGCAUUUAUUCGCAUAAGAAAUAAGGUGAAAGUCCCACUUUAUGGUUGUGAUUGCUAUGCUUAUGCUCUUCUGGCUUCUGGUUUUGUGGAUCUUGUUGUUGAAUCUGGUUUGAAGCCAUACGAUUUCCUCUCCUUGGUACCUGUUAUCGAAGGAGCUGGAGGGUCAAUAACUGAUUGGAAAGGGGACAAGCUCCAUUGGUCUGUCACUCCGGAAUCACGGCCCAAAAGUUUCAAUGUGGUGGCAGCUGGAGAUGCCCAUGUCCACACACAGGCCCUUGAUGUUCUGCAGUGGCGCUAGUCUAGUCUGCAACAUAGAUAAGCCAUAUACUCCACUAUUAGAAAUUUACGUCUGCUAUUUAUAUGAGCAAUAAGCUUCGCCUUUAUGCUUGCCCUGGAUCGGUUGGCGGUGCACUCAGAUACUAAUAAUCCACACCAUGGCUGUUAACUAUCAAGCAAUGGUGUCCACAAACCUACAAAUUGUUAGAACGGAAUGUCAAAUGUGCGAGGUGUUGCUAUGCGUGAGCUGCUUGUGCA